AGCUUCCGGUUUAGUCACAUUCAUUGUCAAGGCUCGCCGACAUUAACAGCGGAUCACUUCGCAAGAGGCUAAGCGUUGGUCUUGGCAGACAGACAGCAAUCCACCUAUAUACACGUCCGUACUGUGACUGCACAUUUCUAAUGCAUUGCAAACUAUGACUUUGCACAUUUCUAAUACAUUUACAAACGACGACUUUGCACAUUUCUAAUACAUUUACAAACGAUGACUUUGCACAUUUCUAAUACAUUAUAUAAAUCGGUUGAUCAUUGCUUCAGUCCUAAGAAGAUAUUGCAUCGGUGUCACAUAUACAAGCAGGUGAUAUCCGGACAAAGUUCAGGUCCAUUCUACCUUACGUGAUCAAAAGCCACUGCUACUUAGUAAGGAAUUAAGACAUCAAAAACAUCAAAGAACAUGGCACCUCGAGUGGCUGUUGUUACUGGGUCUAAUAAAGGCAUUGGCUUUGCUAUAGUCAGGGCCCUUUGUAAGGAGUUUAAUGGAGAUGUGUAUCUUACAGCGAGAGAUGAGAACCGUGGACAGGAUGCAGUGAAGCAACUGAACAAUGAGGGUCUUAGUCCCAAGUUUCAUCAGCUCGAUAUUGACGACAAUAGCAGCAUUGAGCGUUUGCGAGACUUUCUGCAAGAUACUUAUGGUGGUUUAGAUGUACUGGUGAACAAUGCUGGCAUUGCUUUCAAGGUGGAUUCAACAGCACCCUUCCCUGAACAGGCUGAAGUAACCAUCAAAACUAAUUUUUGGAGCACACUAAAUGUUUGUGACAAACUGUUUCCAAUACUGAAGCCCCAUGCAAGGGUGUGUAAUGUAUCUAGCAUGGGAUCCCAAAUGUCAAUAGCAAAGUGUUCUCCUGAGCUGAAGGCAAAGUUCAAAGACCCAAAACUUACAAUGGAUGGACUUAAGAAACUAAUGGAGGAAUUUGUCAGUUUGGCCAAGGAGAACAAACAUGUGGCUGCAGGAUGGCCUAACACAGCCUAUGGUGUGAGCAAGAUUGGUGUCACUGUCAUGUCCUUCAUCCAGCAGAAGGAGCUUGAAGGAAGAGAAGAUAUUAUUGUUAAUGCAUGCUGCCCUGGUUAUGUAGCCACAGACAUGUCAAGCUUCAAAGGACCCAAAACAAUUGACCAAGGUGCGGAGACUCCUGUGAUGUUGGCCCUCAUUCCUCCAGGUGCAGCCUCUCCUCGUGGAAAAUACCUGUCAGAGAAGACGGUCCAAAACUGGGGCUAAAAAACUGUUUAUGUCUGUUGUUUUUUAAAACUGUUUACAGACUUUCUUAUGCACAUUACAAUACUAAACUCAGGAUAUGUCUUUUUUCUGCAAUCUAGAUUGCAAUUCUCAUAUGCUCCUUUUAAGCAGGCUCUCGCAGCUGAAGUCAAUA